ACAGACAUAACGGUGAUGUGUGCGUGCGCUGUCUCGUUCCGGGAAAGGGAGGAAGAGUUUGCUCUAUAUAUUUGAAGUUAUGAAGCUCGACAACAGGAAAAUAUAUUCAGGCUGCUGAACUGGUGCGAGGCUGACGGCAGUUCGGCAGAAGAAGAAGAAGAAAAUGCACAGAUGACUGGAUCCUUCCCCAAGCGCAUAAUGAUCAAUGAAAUUGUGAUAGUGCGUCAUCCUGUCUCUGCCUGUGUACCUGUGAACCAUAAGGUGACUCUGCGCGUCCGUGCUGAGGGCAAAGGCAUCCUCAAGUACCAGUGGUUUACUGAUGGUGCAAAAGAAGUACCUGGUGGUACUCAAGCAGACUUGACCAUCAAAGCUCAACAAACUCAGCUCUACGUGUGCCGAGUGAAUGACCAGUACUGUAACUGUGUGUUCAGUGAUUGGGUGAAGGUGAAGGUGUUGGACAUUGAUAAAUCAGGCUUGCCCGUAGACUGGCAGGGUGAGCCGUACGUUGCUAUCAACCCCAAGCCGCAGAAGAUUCAGUCAGGUACAAAACUCACUCUACGCUGCACUGCCUUUGGCAUCCCUGCUCCUCGUUAUCAGUGGUACAGAAAUGGACGACCACUGCUGGACAAGACAAGUGACACACUGCAGAUUGAGUGUGCAACAGGUGAACACAGAGGAACGUACCUAUGCUCACUAUCUAACACACUAGAAGAGAGAUGGAGUGAGCCGGUGGAUGUUGACAUUGUACAAAGCGAUCAACUUCCUCCAGCAGCACUCACAGCCACUGAUAAAGUAGCGCUACUUAUUGGCAACUUGAAUUACUUCAACCACCCGGCCUUGAUGGCUCCCGUUGUGGAUGUACACGAGCUGGGCAACCUCCUGCGGCAGCUUGGCUUCAGAGUUGUUUCCUUGCUGGAUCUUACCAGGGAGGAGAUGCUCGCUGCUAUUGACAAGUUCAUUCAGCUCCUCGAUAAAGGCGUUUACGGCCUUUUCUACUAUGCAGGCCAUGGUUAUGAGCAUGCUGGAAGGAACUACUUGGUGGCCGUUGAUGCUCCUCAACCAUACCGAACUGAAAACUGUGUCUGUGUGCAGAGGAUCAUGCUCAGCAUGCAGGAAAGGCAGACUGCACUGAGUCUAAUCCUACUGGACACCUGUAGAAAAUGGUACAACCAGGGUUGCAUACCAUCUGCCAUCAUGCCACUGGCACCCAGCGGGAACACAGUUUAUGGUUAUGCCACGUGCGAAGACGCUGAGGCGUUUGAGGUCCAGGACGGGGGCAAAAGUACUGGAAUUUUUACAAAGUACUUGAACAAGCACAUCCUGCAAGCUGAGAAAGUCACGCAUGUCUUAGAGAAGGUUUCAGAGGAUCUGGGCAGAGAUCCUCUAAUCACAGGCAAGCAGGCAGUGGAGAUCAAACACACCCUGAAGGAACCACGAUCCCUUGCAGAUCCAGUUCGGACCACCGGCCACACAAGAGAGCUUCACCUGCGAGACGCCUGCUGGAGACAAGCAAAUGAGCUACCACAGAAGAAGCGGCUGAUGUUUCUUUGUGGAGUUGAAGUGGAAGUCAGCUUCUCAGCUUUGUACUCUAAUGUUCUCAUAGCUUUCGCCAUUGUAAAGACUACAAGCCCCUUCAUUCAGGACUGCACAGUCACUCUAAGUAGCAUACCUACAAUGGAAGACAUAUUUUCCAGAACUGGCAGGUCAGAUGAAAUGGACUCACUACUAUUUAUGAAAAAUAAGAACCCAGACUGUACUCUGAGACUUUGUGCUCUUCAAAAGCUCAAGGAGUCGAUGGUCAUAAAGGUGGAUCUACAUUAUACUAACACAAACAGUAAGCUGCGUCAGACAGAAAGCCAGCGGGUGGACAUUGGAAAACCUCUUGUGGCCUCCUGCAAGCUGUACAGGAGGAUUCAUGCAGCACCAGACAGGAAACAAGAGUGCCCUUUUGCUAAAAGCAUGGGCAACAUUUCAAACAGCAAACCCCCUCUGCAUCAGACUCUGGUUGGGUCAUGCCGGCCUUUCACUAGAAAGGCGGUGUGUGCUGCUGAAAUUGCAGUUACAUGGAGCAAUGAACCUGAAGAGAAUGACGAGAAUGACUUCAGUUGUCCCAUUAAACCUUGAUAAUACUACUUUUGUAAAUACUGAUUGGAAAUCCUUUUUUGUUUACAGUGAUCAUGUGCGUUACUUUUCAAUGACUGAUGAUGAUAAUUAAUGAAUAAGUGAGUCAGUGAUUUAGGUUUGUGUUUAUUUUACCAUCUUUCAGUUGUUAGGUCAGUAAGCACAAUAGCACUGUCCACUAAUUUCAUCAUAAAUUAUGUGCUUAUAAAACAUUAAUUGUAUGUAACACUUUUUUUUUGCAUCAGUGGCAAGCUGGCUGGCCUAAAUUAUUAAAUGAAGACAGUACUGUCAGUAAUUUAUCUAAUAAAGACUACUCCUUUGAUAAUUUUUUAUAAAAAUUGGUUGUUUAUGAUGUAAAUGUGUUGUGCUGUUUAACUUUAAAAUCUACAGUUUAAUUGUUGUUUUUUGACAGUGAUGCUAAGUAGUUGCUAAGUCUUCUGAAAAAAUAGAAGUAGAUUUUUUCCCCUUGAAUGCAUAGCCUAUGACAGCGAAGAAUACCCAACAGAUAAUGAAUUUGAAAGUAUAUAGGCUAAAUAUUUUUAAGUUGGAUUAAUAUAGUUAAAAGACUCCAGCCACCCCUUAUUUCUUACUAUUUUGCUCAGAAAAUGGGAAACAGGUGCAGUGAUUUAUUGAAACGUGCAAGCAUACAUGUAAAU